AUGUCCAAAAAGCGAACUUACUCUGACGCCUUUCUUCGCCAUGGCUUUGUGAAUUUACCAUCCGGUGGAGAGGAUCGGCCACAAUGUGUGAUAUGUCACAAAGUGUUGACAAAUGAAAGCCUGAAGCCAUCAAAACUCUCAACUCACCUCCAGAAGUGCCAUCCAAAUCUUCAAAAUAAGGAUCAGGCUUAUUUUCAGCGCCAGGCUGUAGCACUGAAGAAUAUCCAGUUCGGUUCAUCUGGAAUUCAAGCCCAAAAGCUUCAAGCUGCAGUCGAAGCAUCCUACUUUGUUGCAUAUAAAGUUGCCGAACAACAGAAAUGCCACACCAUUGCAGAGAAUCUGAUUAUGCCUUGUGCAUACGAGAUGGUAAGCAAGGUAUGUGGGGAGGAGCAAGCGAAGAAACUGAGUGUCAUAUCUUUAUCAAACAACACCAUCCACAGACGAAUCGAUGACAUGGCAUCAGAUAUCUUGUCCCAAGUUAUAACAGAGAUCAAAGAAAGCUCAUAUAGCAAAUUCUCCUUGCAAUUUGAUGAAUCGUGUGACAUAGCCAGUUGUGCUGUUCUCCUUGGGUUCGUCCGUUACGUCCACCAGGACAGGAUCAAAGAAGAGUUCCUAUUGUGCGAGAAUCUGCUGACAACCACAAAGGGAGAAGAUGUCUUCAAUAUCAUCAACAGUUUCUUUACCAAGAAUGGAUUGGAUUGGAACAGCGUUCAACAGGUCUCCGUCGAUUGA